GUUUUUUAACAGACGAUUUAUUUUAGAAAUGUUGUGUUUUUAUAAGAAAUGUUGCUUAAAUUAUAUAUUUAUUUCAUAAUUUUAAUAUUUUAAAAGUGAAAGGAACUCAAAUGAUGUUUCGAUCUUUAAUGCUUCUGGGCCACUACUUGGAUCACCAUUUAUUCCUCAAGUGAAACAAGCGUUGGGAUUCAAUGAUACUUUAAGUCCAUUUGGAAGUCCAAGUGCAAAUCGAUCCCGCAUAAAACGAUCAAAUACUUUUCAUUAUGCUCCUACACAUCCAACAUCAUCAAGCCUAGGAUCAUUACCAGUAGUACGUUUAGGACGUAAAGAUAAACAUGCUGUUGUUGAUGGGAGUUUAUUAAACAGUCCAAAUACUGUUAAAAUUGCUCCACCAGAUGUGCAAAGAUUUCCAACAUGUAGACUUACAUCAAUUAAAGAAAGAUCAUCCUCGAUUGGCUCUCAUUCUCAAGCACCAGAUACACAAGCUAUAGUUAGUGCCUUAAGGGAAGGAAGAAAACGAUCGUUUGUACACCAAGAAGAAUCUGUGUUUGAUGAUAUUGAUGUCAAUCAAAAAUCAAAGAGAAGGAGACAAGAAAGUAAUCAAUCAACAGCAUCUUCUGCCUCAAUACCACCCAUGCCUGACAAUUUCCCAGACUUAGCUCAAUCUGGAUAUACUUUAACCCCCAUAGAUAGUGGUGGUGUCAAACGUCCAGCUGCACCUAGUCAAGAACCAUUAGAUGUCCAUGAAAUAUCUCUUGCUAAAAGACCAAAGAAAGACAACAGAAAUGAUCCAAUCAAGAGUUCUUUACGAUCUAGUAAAAUCUCAAUGUUAAAAGAGACAACAGGAAAGUUACCGACUAGAAGACACAGUAUAUGUUAUCCAACCAGACAAAAUGAAAGUAAAAUGGAGGAAAUGAAUGAUAUUAAUGAAGAGGAUAAUAAUAGAGGAAAUACUAGUCCAACAUCAUCAGACGUCAGUAUGAGAUAUUUACGAAAUCAACCAACUAUUCUGCUUUCUAGUUUAAAAACAAAUGAAGAACUAAGAAAAAGUAAUGAUGACUUAUUUAGUGGUAGUAAUAAUGAUGCCAGUAGCGCUGAAAACAGUAUGAAUACAAGUUUGAAUUCAUCAACAAGUAAAAGGCUGUUAUUUGAUGGAAUUAAAAAAUCUACUAAGAAAAGACUCUCACUUUAUCCAAGUUUAAAUACCAGCUUUAAAAAGGUACCAGUGUCAAAUGUGGUGGCUAGUGCUGAAGAUUAUGAGAAGGAUCGUGAAGAUGAACAGAAAAGAGUUACUGAAAUGCUGAAAGAAAUCACAGAAGAACAUGAAAAUAAGAACAAAAAAGAAGAGAAGUUAAGUGCUACUAAGACAUCAACAACUUUACCUCCAACUACAAGUUCUACAGCCACAACAGCUACCAUAAGUUUUGGUACUACAAAGCUGCCAGAAGCUUCAAAACCACAAACUACACUAGUAGUCUCUACUGCUGUUACAUCUUUGACAGCUAACCCAGUCACUACUACUUCAUCCAUAGGCAAAACUUUAGAAUCAGGAAUGCCAAGUUCUUCUUUAGGCCUAUCUGCUUUGACUUCAGUAACUAGUCUAGUUAGUACAGCAUCAAGUACAGCUGCCACCCCUUCAAAUUAUACAUUUAAACCUGUAUUUGGGGCUGCAUCCACUGCCACGACUGCUACAACAUCUGUAGUCUCAUCAACCACUACAACCUCAACACCAACAGGAUUCUCAAUAGCUUCAGGAGUACUUGGUGCAAGUUCUUUUAAGCUGGGUUCAGGAUUCGAUGUACCUGUACCAAAAACCUCAAAUGUUUUGCCUGGAAUUACAACGUCAUUAUUGACAAGUACAUCAUCACUUAAUGGAGGUUUUAAAACAUCUAGUACUACAGCAGCAUUUCCCAGCAUGAAACCAAUUUCAAACACCACCAACCCAAGUAAAAAUGGUGGUGGAUUCACAUUUGGAAACACUUCCUCUGGUAAAGAACAAACACCAUCUUUUGCUUUUGGUCAUACAUCUCAAGCUGUAACUUCAACUCAUCAAUCAACAGCUGCAAGUGUGACUAAUUUUGGACAAAGAGCACAAGCAACUCAAAUAAAUAGUAACACUGGUCCAUCAGUUUUACAGUCAAACUUCAGUUUUGGCCAAAAUCAAGCUUCAACAGGUGGGUUUGGAUUUGGUGGAGCUACAGCCUUGUCAGCUCUUUCUGCCCUUUCUGGACUUUCAUCAGCUCCCCAAGCAACACCUACAACUAACCCUCCACCAUAUUCCCUGAACGCAGGGGGCCAAUUGUCUGGUAUAACAAGUGGCAUGCCUAAGCCUACUUUUAAUUUUGGAAAUAUUGCACAAACAACAAGCUCUGCAUCAUCAACAUUUGGAUCAUCAAGCACUAAUGAAUCAGGAAGUGAUUUUGGUGUUAAUACAUCUGCUUCUACUACUGGAGGGGCUUUUCAAUUUGGAGCUCCUAUGACUCCUUCCACACCAGCAGCACCACCAUCAAAUAUUAAUGCUAAACCUAGUUUUGGUACUUCAUCUACUAGUGGUUUUGCAUUUGGUCAGAAUAAACCACCAACUACCACUGUACAAAAUGCAACUGGUUUCUCAUUUGGUGGAGGUCAGUUAGCUACUGCUAGUAAUAGCACAUCAUUUGGAACAACUGUAUCAUCAAAACCUUUUACAUUUGGAUCUGCACAGCCAGCACCUGGUGGAUUUAGCUCAUCAAACCCACCCCCAGCCUUUGGAUCCACAAACACAUCUGCUUCAUUUGGAAAUAAUCAAAGUGUACAAGCUAGUCCGUUUGGAACAGGAAACAAUAAAACAGCAACAGGUUUUGGAGGGACAAGUGGCAAUACUUUUGGGUCAACACAACCAGCAUUUGGCAAUUCUCAACAAAACAGUUCAACGUCAGUGUUUGGACAAAGUUCAUCUACAACUGCAUUUGGAAAUAAUACACCACAAUCCACACCUUCUUUUGGUCAGAGUGGAUCCAUCUUUGGUACAUCAAAUCAGAAUACUUCAUCAUUUGGACAGCCAAAUUGUACAGUACAAUCUUCUAAUGCCUCUGUAGCUCCAAUUGCCUCUUUCCAGUUUGGGCAAACAACUCGAGCUAAACCAAACAUCCCAGCACCAACAUUUGGUCAAUCUAACACCAGUCAGAAUAGUGGCUUUAACUUUGCUGCUCCUGGAAGUAAUCCUUCUUUUAACUUUGGUGGUUCGUCAACUCCUGGUACUGGUCCUGCCCCAGCUGGAGCUUUUGGUACACCUACUACUCCAACAAAUCUCUUUACUCCUGGAUCUGUUAAUAGUGCAAGAGUUCCUUCGUCUAGACCUAGACGAAGUCGAACACGAAGAUGAACAUAAAACAUAAUUAGUGUUCUAGCUUUAAUUUUGAUGUAUCCUGGAUCUUGAAAUAUAGAUGAGGCUGAUCAAGGAUCUUCCUUAGAGGGUUGUCAUUAGGCAAGAUAUACAACACAUUACUGAUUAGUGGAUGAGCUUGAAUAUAUAUGUAACCCACAUUGUGUUUAUUUUGUGUCACUUGUCUUGGGGAUAGAGAUAAUUCUCUCUGAUAUAACAAGAUUGCGAUUGGUAAAUACAGAGAAAAAGCUAUGAUAUGAUCUGGAAUAAAAGCCAAAACUGUUGCAUUAAGGUUUGUAAUUAGUGCUAAUUUGCUAUUUAUUGUUAUAAAAAAUUUGAAGAGAUAAAAUCAUGUCUGAGAAUAUUUUAUUAUGAUGUAUGCUUAAGAUUUUCUAUGUAAUUGAAUUGACAUAUAUCUGUAAAUGAUUUUGUGUGUGUGAUAUUUGAAAUAUCAAACAGAAACCUAAUAUAGGCUUGUUAUAUACUUAAAGGUUAGAAACAUGACAGGGAUAAGAGGUUGAUAAAAGGUCCUGUAACUGCUCUUAUCAUUGUUCAACUGUAAUUGAUGACAUCCCAGUUGAGAAUAGGUUGAUGAAUACUGAAUUUGAAUUAAAAGUAUCUUCAUGGGAAAAUAUUGUAUGAUGUUGUAUGUAAAAUAUCGUAUUAUUGUAAAUUUGAUACUGGAUUGUACAAUAAAUAACUUAAAUG